AUGUCCGACGAGACGCGACAUCAGUCACUUCAACAAGGCAAUGGCGAGAUCCUCCAAGUCGAAGCAUACUAUCAUAACGAUUCAGGUCAACACGUCAUCUUUUGGCACGACAUUCUCGAACACUUCCCUGGGACAACCAGAGUCAUGAAUGGCACAGUCGCGAUCUCACGAGCAAGAGAUGCGUCAUAUAGUUUUGUCGAACCAAGGUGUAUCAAGUAUCAGCAUGGGAAGGUCCUUAAGGCCGUCCUGGCAGGAGACAUAACACCACACUAUCCUGGCUCCUCGGCAUCGGUGACAACAGAGACAGCUCCACCCUCUCGAGACUUGACCCUCAGGAACAUUGAGGAAUGGAACAAGACCGCUACCGAGAAUGUAUCUUUUUUUGGCAGCAACUACGCCCCGACGAUAUGGUCUGAAGUGCCCUCGACAACAUCUCGCGCCUUCAUUCCUCUUAUUGUCCCCACAGAAUCCGAAGCUGGAAGUGUCUCUCCUCAAGAAGAUAUCCCCGCACGUAUCUCGUUCACCUUAGAACUUGCAAACAUGAUGGCGAAAGCCGAGUCAGGGGAUCAUGUCGCUCAGGAAACACUUGGAGACAUGUACAUGGACAUGAACGACCGAAUUGCUCCAACAGACGUCCAAACAGCUAUAACCUGGUACCUGAGGGCGAACAGUCAAGGAAGAAUCGGCGAACCAAUCGAAAGAAAACUACGGCUACCUAACGACUUUUACUCCAGGUUUAAAUUUGAUGGACCGCAAGAAUGUUUGACGGCAGUAGACCGGCGCCGCAAAGCAGCCGAUCAAGGAGAUUCUACUGCACAAUGCAACAUUGGAGUUCUGUACUUUGUCGCUCGAGAGUACUACCAGGCUAUGGUCUGGUAUCGGAAGGCCGCCAAACAAGGAGACGCCGUAGCUCAGGGCAACAUCGGCAAUCUGUAUCGUCAAGGACUUGGUGUGUCCCAGGACUAUGCCGAGGCGAUGACCUGGUAUCGGAAGGCCGCCGAACAAGGAGAUGUCGCAGCUCAGAACGAGAUCGGCAAUCUGUACCUUGAAGGACUUGGUGUGUCCGAGGACUAUGCUGAGGCGAUGACCUGGUUUCGGAAAGCCGCCGAACAAGGACAUGCUAGAGCUCAUUUCAACAUCUCCCUAAUGUAUUCCUAUGGCUAUGGUGUGUCCCGGGACUAUGCCGAGGCGUCGACCUGGCUUCGGAAGGCCGCCGAACAAGGAGAUCCCUACUCUCAACAAUGCCAGGGCCCGACGGUUAGAAAAUGGAGUAGGAAUGAAACAAAGUGGUUCUAA